AUGGGUAUCAGCUCCGUCGAUCUGAUCGGGCUCAAGCGCGCGAUUGAACGCCGCUUUCAGAUAGCAGAAGUCCCCAUGGUCAUGCUGCUCACCAACAACACAAUACAGUCACUAUCGUCCGCAAUUCGAUCUUUGCGCCACAACGCCUGCAAAGCCUCCUGCGAGACAUAUCAGCCUAUAGUCACUUUGCAGCCGCAAGGGUCAGAAGUGCCGCUUUGGCUAUUUCACCCGGGCAUAGGCGAGAUUUUAGUCUUCCUCGGGUUGGUCCAGUACUUCCCCGACCGGCCGAUCUACGCAAUGCGAGCACGGGGAUUCAGCCCGGACGAGGAGCCAUUCGCGCACUUCUCCGACGUAUUGAGCACCUACUAUCGGGCGUUGAAGGCGCAGCAGCCCGAUGGACCCUACGCUCUUGCAGGCUACUCCUACGGCAGCAUGAUCGCGUUUGAAUUGAGCAAAAUGCUCGAAGCAAACGGGGACCAGGUCCGGUUUCUGGGGUGCUUCAACCUGCCACCCCACAUCCAAAACCGGAUGCAGACCCUAGAUUGGACGGCCGGGGUGCUGCAUAUCGCCCACUUCUGUGGCGUCUUGACCGAGCAGCAGUCUGAGGCUAUGGCGGAUGAUCUGCGCGCGCUGACCCCAGCCGAACAGGUCUCUCGGGUGCUCGCGGAAGGAUGCACUCAACGAUGCGAGGAGCUAGCUCUAACCCACGAGUCGCUACUCACCUGGACAAAUGUAGCAUGGUCACUGCAAAAGGUUGGGUGGGGGUACUAUCCGACCGGCAGCGUGACAAGUACGGAUGUUUUCUACUGCCAGCCGCUGAAGGUGGUAGCGCGGACACGCGAGGAGUAUCGCAACACGAAGCUCAAUCAUUGGGUCAAUUUUGUGAGAGAGGAUGUUCGCUACCACGAGGUCGACGGUGAGCAUUACACGAUGGUUGGGCCAGAGCACGUAGCGCGCUUCCAACUCACGUUGAAGAAGGCAUUGGUUGCGCGGGGUUUGUAG